UAGUGUGCUGAUGCCACUGAAAAAAAAAAAAAAGAAAUAAACAAAAGAAAGAGAAAAACAUUUCUUCCGACGUCACAGUGGUGCCGUUGCCAAUACGUUGGACAGUUUCAUAAAUAUAAGUAACACUGUGUAACAAAUCUGCUCAAAAUUAGCUAUUUUUUUUGUGGUUCAUGGUGCGUAACGGCGCUCACUAUUCUGAAGGCGAAGACGUGAUCAAAACGUUCGCAUGCAGCACUCAUGUAAGAAACCUAUAGAAUAAGACACGAAGAAGACAUCCAAUGAGACACUCUUCUGCUGUGUGCCUGUGUCACUGUUAUUUUGAUUACACUUUUCUUUCCUAAGCAUCGCCGUGCACUGCGUUUUUGUUUUGUGUUCACACAAUAGAAGAGCGUCUCUCUUCUUGGGUUCAUCUGCGCAUGCUGCCUGGUGAGUGCGGAUGACUUCGCCUGGGUGACCCACGAGCCGUUCGCCACGGAGAACCUGGUGUCCAUCGCGCCGUCAGGGCCGCAGCAAGUGACAGCGGUGGCGCCCUGGCCACAGCAGUGGCACUCCUCUCCGAUGCAGCAGCAACAGCAUCAACAGCAGCAGCAAAACUUCAAUCCAGGGAGGAUGCUGUUCCAUUCUUCCGGUCCGUGGAAUAACCACGGUGGAGGUGGAGGCGGCGGAGGCGGCGGCGGAGGCGGAGCGAACGACAUCGCCACGGUUCAUCUCCAAGGUCCGGGGCCCGGUUCAUGGCAAGGAGGUAACGCUCCUUGGCAAACCAACAGUGUCGCAUUCCCUUGGCAAAUGCAGCAGCACCAACAGCAGUCUCAAAACCACCAUCAAAACAACCAUCAAAAUCACGGUGGCCCACCCGGAGAUAUCUCACUCCCGUGGUCCACCCAGCAACAGGGCCAUAUUGCGACUUUCACUUCCCUGCCAAGCGGUCCCGUUCAGCACCCGCCCAACCCGUGGCAGAACAUGGCUCCCAUGGGCGGUGCUCCCUGGCAGUACCAGCAGAACCAGAACAACCACAACAACCACAACAGCAACACCAACAACAAUAACAACAACCAUCCUCAUCCACCGCAUCAACAGCAGCAACAUCAUCAGCAGCAGCAGUCUAAUCAGCAACAUCAUCCUCAACAACCACAGCAGCCGCCGCCUCCUGAACCAUCGCUGCCGAGGACCCAAGUGAAGCUCAUCUACGUGCCCAUACCCAUCGUGAGGUCCGUGACGCAACAGGCCGUGUCGUCGCAGCAGGGACAGUGGCAGCAGCAAGGUGGCGGCGGAAGUGGUGGCGGUGGAGGGGCUUCCGUACAGGUCAUCUGGCCUCAACAACAGCAGCAGGGUGGCUCCCAGAGCACGUGGCAGCCAGGCGUCAAGACAAGGACUUUCUCGGUGCCGGCCAAGACGAUGGGCAGCGCAGGCGCUGUUAUACCGAUCGUCAUCUCACUGCAGACCACGAGUUCGCGGGGUCCACCCCCGGCCAAGUCCGAAUUUUCACCUCGGGUUGCCACAUCCCGUGCGGACACGCCCAGAAGUGCAUGGUGGUGAUGAACGGGUUUGUUUGCAGGGUGUCACAAGUUUGGUCGAUAGCCACCGACAGGCUCGAAAUCGAAGGUGCAUUCAUAAGUGACGAUCGGCCGCUGAUAUAGGUGCAAGAAGCCCUUACCACUGACAAAGUGGUACUCUUAAAUAAGGCUUGUAUGUACCUGUUUAUUGUAUUUCAUCGCGAACCACUAUGAGCGAAUUGUGCGUGUCUAUCUUUUAUUGAUGCUUCACUUUGUAGAUGUACUUGCGGAACUUGGAGCGACAUAUGGUGGGCACAAUUCGAGUGUGAAGGCCAGACAUUCACUGACAUCAUCAGAAAAAUAAGCUUCGCCUUUAAGAGUAGAACGCGAUAGCGUUAUCGGGACCCGUUCGCAUCGCAUCGUUCGCAUACAGCAAGUAGGCUUCAUUCACUGCAACCCUGAACGUGGGAAAGCCAGCUUACAAAGACCAAGCUUACACCGAUCCCCUUGAAGCCGGCUUCACUUUUAAACUGAAAUGCAUUGCUGGAAAGGCGUUUUUCCAGGGGCAAUAUAAGUGGUCUUAUAUUAAAAUGUGAAGGCCCUAUAGCACCUUUUUUUAUUAUUUUAUUAAUUGUUUUCUAUUGCACCGACGCGCGCAGGUAUGGUAGAAAUGCUGGAAAAUGGGUUUGUGUUUGAGUUUCCUCGUAGCAGAAUUAAAUUUUCUCGUACAUUCAAAUUACAAUCCGACGCCGAUUGGUAAACAAUCCGACGGCGAAUCCGACGCCGAAUGGUAAAGCCGUACUUUACCAUUUUUCUGACGGAUUUCACUGUGAGAAAUUCAAUUUUUGUUCACCAAAACUUUGCACCACGUGCAGGGCCUGCGCGGUCGAUGUGGUUGGAUGAUUUUCUCCGCCACCCGCGAUCACACGCCGGUUGCCGACGCCGGAUUUUCUGCGACACGGGGCCCUAAACGCUAUCGCGUUAAAAAAGCGAAGUUGUACAUAUUGCCCACGGUAUAUACGUUUGCUCAGCCAGCGCGCCUUUUCAAAAACGCUCUAGGUGUAAAGAGACGAAUUGUACCCGCUAGCCUUGUACCCUAUCCCUACCUCCCAUGUUCAUUACGGUGGACUCCAUGCAGAAGACUGAGAUUAUUGGGCACCACGGCACUACGCGACCAGAGUAUGUGCAUGAACAAUGAUUCCGCACGAUGUAGAGAGUUUCCGCCUUUCCCUCCCCCAACCUUCCAGCCAUUUUGAAGCCAGUGCAUUUUCUUAAUGUGCCAAUUGAGACCAAUACCCAAGUGUACCUCCCGCCAUGUCAGUGCAUAUGGGAUGAAAGGGCUGUCGUUAUGCCUGUUGAAUUCGUGAUAA